CUCGCUCAAGGACACAUUUCGUUUCUCCUCGACGGGGGCGCGGCCAGCACCGCCCCCCAAAACUCCCUGCGCGCUUCCUCCUCCUCCUCCUCCUCCUCCUCCUCAGGAGCUCCAGUUGAGUCCCCGCGGUUCAGCUAGUGCCUAUUCUGCUCCGUGGGAGCCACUGCGGGAGCAACAAUGCCCUUUGUGGAGUUGCAGACCAAUUUGCCGGCCUCUCAGCUGCCCGGCGACCUGCUGGGCAAACUGUGCUCAGAGACCGCUUCCAUCCUGAGCAAGCCGGUGGAGAGGGUGAACGUUACAAUAAAGAGCGACCUGCCCAUGGUGAUUGGUGGCUCCCAGGAGCCUUGUGCUAUUCUGACUGUGGCUUCCUUGGAAGUGGUGGGAUCUGCAGAGAAGAACAAGGAGCACAGUGCAAAGUAUUUUAAGCUUCUCACCAAGGAACUGAAACUUGGCACGGACAGGAUCCUGAUUUUGUUUCAUCCACUGGAACGCUGGCAGAUCGGCAAGAAUGGGACUGUCGUUACUUUCCUGUGAAAUGCCCCAAAGUCCACCAAAUCGUCUUUCUGGCCAACUUCACCUUGAAGGGCUCUGCAGGACAUCUUUUCUUUGAAAUAAACCCAUUUUUGGGUUUUUUUAGGAAAAUGGAAAAACUGGAGGAAAUUCCCUGAAGAUCUGCUGAUGUGUGCUAACCAGUCACAUCAAGCCUUGUAUUGACUUCCAUUGAGUAGGUUCUGUGUGGUGUGCCUUUAUUUUGUAGGUACAGCGUUUCACCUUCAUCAGCUACAGCCUCUGGACAUGCUGUUUGCUUGAGGACCAGUAAAGUAAAAUCUGUUAACAAUUAAUUUGCCAAUUAAAUAUUCAGUUCUAAUGUUUUUUUGUUUCUUGAAUGCUAGCAUAAUUUUUAAUGUGGCUUAAUUUCCUCCUCAGCUUGACAGACUUGUGUGUGAGGCUGGGAACCUCAUGCUUGCGAGAACCAGAUGAGUUAAUAGUUGUAAGACAUAUCAGGAGACACUGGUGAAAAACUACUCUUUUUUUGUUCUUGAGAUAGACCUUCCAUGAGAAGGACUUCAUUAACUGACCAAGCAUGAGCUCAUAACUUGCCCUUACAUCAGUGAAUAUUUUAAGAAACAACUUCAACAUUUUCUUAGUAUGCAGCAGAUUUGCAGCAAAUGAAUUUGGGUAACACCUGGAAUUCUGAAGGAAUGAAAGCCAGAAAAAAAAUUGAAACUACGUUUUGGUUACACAAAAUUAGUUACAAACUUGUACACUAAUCAUUAAGAUGAAAAAGCUGGGAGGACUAUGAAGAACUGUGCGCGAAUGAGAGGUGUGCUAGGUUGCAGUCCUCCCCACAGAAAAAUCCAGGGGAUUCUCAAGGAGUUUUCAGGGCAUGAGUAAGCUUAUUUCUCUUUAUGUACUCUGAACAUUUCCUCCCUUUUUGGGCAUCUUAAAGGCUUCAUCAGGUCAUUCUUGAUGGUAUUUGCCUUUUUGUUAAUGUACAAAAUAAUGUUUUACUACAUCCAGGAAGAGUCCUCUGAGUAAGAAGAGACCCUUUUCUUGUCUGUCAGUGGCCCUGUUGUGUGAGUUUCAUUAUCAACAGGCACCAGCCAAUUUUUUAUACAGGGUAAUCAUUAAAGAAUUUUCUAAAAGAUGUCAUUAAUUGUAUUUUUUCUGAAAUGUGGAUAGAUUAUAUCCUCCAGGCAGAUUCUGUGCCAACAUUUCAGAUAUAUGGAGAAAGCAUCUUGAUAGUACAGUAAGUUCGGCUCUUAGGCAUGCUGUAAAUAAGUCUUAUCUUGCAUGGCUGUAUAUGAAUAACCCAAAUACUGCUGGGGUUUAACUUCAGGGUUGGUUCUGGAAAAGGAAAAAUAAAUAUCUGACUUUAAAAAAU